GCCAUGUCUCUCCAUGGGUCUGAUUAGGAUACAAGUUAAAAAAAAAAAAAAAAAAAAAAAAAAAAACAUCCGUGGCGUAGAUGGUGACAUAAAGUUGACUUAAAGCGACGUUAUGCUGUCGUUAUCCCAAGAUUAAUUAGUCGGCCAAGAUAAGAGAUGUAGCUGUAAUGCCGUUUUCACUCAUUUGUUAAGUUCAAAAGUUGUAUUUUAACAUUUUGUCGAUUUUUGUCGGUUAUCGUUAGCUAGCUAGCUAGGUAAAAAGCUAAUACCAUAAGCUAGCGUACCGUGGCUCAGCAAUGGAGGGAAGUGCCAGUGUGAGAAAAUCGUUGUCUGGGACUCUGGUUCCUUCAGCGGUCACCACAGUCGCUCUCCGACAACCACCCGAGCAGACGGAGACGGAGAGCCUGAAGCGAAAGGUCCUUGACGAAGACGAGUACAUAGAGAGUUUGGAGAAGAUCAUCCAGAGGGAUUUCUUCCCAGAUGUCACAAAAUUGCAAGCACAGAAAGACUAUCUUGAAGCAGAGGAAAAUGGUGACCUUGAGAGAAUGAGAGAAAUAUCCAUCCGAUACGGCUCAUCUUUGACAAAAUCUACACCACGAUCUUCCGCACCUUAUGUGACACCUGCUAGCUUUGAAACACCAGAAGGUCAUUCAAGAUCUCCUUCAUCCACUCAUGGCAGACACAUAACUGGCAGCAAAGGUAUGGAUGGGGAGAACAAGGAUAGCAACAAGGAGGAGAAAGAGCUGCCCAGUCUGGAUCAUUUUCUGGCUAAAAAUACCAGUGAGGAUAAUGCAUCGUUUGAGCAGAUAAUGGUUUUGGCAGAAGACAAGGAAAAGCUCAAGAAUGCGUGGUUAUAUGAGGCUGAGGCUGAAUACAAACAGCGUCACGAGGAAAACCUUGCCUUGCCAUCAACAGAGAAAAAGGAGCUUGACUCCGUGAAAGCUGGACUGGAGACCUGGGAGUACAAAGCAAAGAAUGCCUUGAUGUAUUAUCCAGAGGGUGUUAAAGAUGACGAUGCUGUUUUUAAGAAGCCAAGAGAGGUAGUUCACAAGAAUACUCGCUUUGUUGGAGAUCCAUUCAGCAAAGCUCUCAACAAAAGCCAGAUUCAGCAGGCUGCAGCCUUGAAUGCACAGUUCAAACUAGGUAAAGUGGGCCCCGACGGGAAAGAACUCAUCCCACAUGAAUCCCCAACAGUGAAUGGAUAUGGCUUUGAAGGAACGCCAUCCCCUGCUCCCGGUGUUUCUGAAUCCCCUCUGAUGACCUGGGGUGAGAUCGAGAGCACCCCAUUUCGCCUGGAUGGCUCAGACACUCCAUAUGUUGAGAGGAACCAUGGCCCUUCAUUUAAGAUUCCAGAACCUGGGAGAAGAGAGAGAUUGGGUUUAAAGAUGGCCAAUGAAGCUGCUGCCAAAAAUCGUGCAAAGAAACAGGAGGCAUUGAGAAAGGUCACGGAGAAUCUGGCAAGUCUGACCCCUAAAGGCCUGAGCCCAGCUCUCACACCGGCCCUGCAGAGGCUUGUAAAUCGGACAUCUAGUAAAUACACAGACAAAGCAUUAAGGGCAAGCUACACCCCGUCACCCUCACACAGAGCCACUGGCUGCAAGACUCCCUUUGGUGACCCAUCCACACCUUCAGGAACACCAACGCCAAACAAGGCCAAAACUCCAAGCUCUCAGGACCUUGCCUCCCUCACGGACAACUUACUGCAGCUUCCCAAGAGACGUAAAGCCUCAGACUUUUUCUAAAAAGAUUGAACCUGUUCUUAGAGAAGACUGUUGGGAUUGUACAGAAUGGACUUAACUGAGUAAAAAAAACUUUUUGAGAUCUCUACAAAUAAGCAAGUUUGGGUAGAACAGUACAUUUAAUAGAAAGAUGAACAGCAAAGUGAAAAUUCAAUCAGGCUUUGUUAAUAUUGCGCUGAUUAAAAUAUGCCCUAUGAAAUCUUUGAAGUUUUGAGGCAUUUUUUUCCUCCUACUUCCCCCAGAUUUUCGUUGAUUUUUAUACAAAUAUUUCCACACUAACCAACCUAUUUAGUUGUCUAUGCUUUCAUGAAAUAGUAGGGGUGUAACACUUGUGAUGCAAAAGCUGUAUAUGCAGCAGAGUCACAUGUCUACCAGCACAUACUGAUUUACAGUGUUAAUUUAUUUGUAGAUUUAUAGUGUUGGUGACAGUGUUUUUCUACAUUUUGGCCACGUUUCAAUUUUUUUUUUUUUACUGAAAAUUAUGUUUUUAUUAUUGCUACAACAGUUUUCUCAUCUUUACUUUUCUUUGGUAUUGUUUGUUUCAUUUCAAGAUAUCCUCAAAAAGGAACUCAUGGGGCCCUAGUAAGACAGUUGUGUGAAGAUAAAUCUUGAACUGGUUUGCUAUGCUGUUUUUAAUUUCUCUCUUUUUUUGUAAUUCAGUAUCUGAAUUCUACUGGGGUGUGAUUUGUAUAAUAAUUAAAGUGGAACAUUGCAUUUAGAGCCUCUGUGAACAACUUAAGGUGAUGUUCAUAAUACUGUGUAGCCCCGUUUACAAAAAUAUAUAAUCCAGAGUUAGACUCUGACUUGCCAUAUAAGCCACUUCUCAUUACAAUAGGUGCUUAUGUUUUCACUUUUGUGGAGCAAGCCUCAGAUGUGAAUCACACUGUUAGUCCUGACUGUGCUUUAGUUUUUGACUGCAACAAGAAAUAGUCUUUGCUUGUUGGAACAUAAGAGGGUACAACAAGGUUCAGCAUGGUGCAUGCUGUCUUCACAUUGGAGACAUUUGUAGGCUGGUGUUUUAAUAACCACGGAUGUUACCAGGAGGUGGGUCACAGAACUCUCUUUCUGACUUAGUUGCAAAGAUGUCUCAGUAAGAAAAAAGAAAAAAAAAAAAAAAAGUCUCAUAGUAUUCUUUCACAUUUCAGUGUCUGGAUCACAUCCAGGCUCUGAAUAUGUUUGACUGCAUUUACAGUUCUUUGAAUAACUUCUGACUGACAUGUAGUGGGUUAACAUCUUGGAGGGUUAAUGCUCACCAUUUCACAUUAUUGUUAAAACCUAGAUUCACCUAGUCAUGGUCACAAAUGUGGCAUAAAGAAUUUGUCCCUAAUCACUAUGAAACACUUGCUCUUUAUGUCACAAACUUAAUAUUCCCCACACAGUACAUACACAGCAUAUGUCCCUUGUCAGCUGUAAAGCUGGAACUGGUUUUAAACCUGGAAUGGCUAUUUCCCCUCAAGAAUUUGAAUUCCCACAUUUGUAUGUGAAGUCUGAAACCUGUGGAUUAAGCAUAGGCUGUGACAUC